AUAUCAACUAGUGAAUGUAGCCAGAAAAAUAUUACUGUAUUACAUUGGAGCCCUUAGACAAUAUCAUAGGGUGGCAUAUAGUUCGAUAAAUGUGACACAUCAAAUCAGUUUAAGGAUAAGCUUUAAAUUUUAUCAUUUUGUUGCUCCUAGUCUUUUCUUAUUUUAUUGCCCAAGUUAUUCAUAGUUUUUGCAUUAUUAUGGUGAUUGUUGAAAAUAACAUAUUAAAGAAAUUAAAAGAUUAUCUUAAAUUUUUUUAUUUUUUGGUGAAAGGAAAUUUAUAAUAUCACAAAUGUUAUCAAUAAUAGUUUAUCAAAUAUCAAUUUUAGCAUAAAUCUACAAUGUCGUUGGUAAAUUCACUUGUAUUUCGGAUAAAUCAAGAACGUAAUAUCAAAAAAAUAUCAAUUAUUGUUUUUUUUUAACUUCUAUUAGUUUAUAACAAUCAAGGUACAAGCCACAAUUUAUAUGUAAAUAAUUGUUAUCAAUCAAACAUAAUAUAAAUAUUAAUUACAUUAAAUAUUAAAUAAUUAAAGAAAUAAUCAUGUCCACUCAAAUAAAUAAUCAUAAACUUCAUAAUACGUCAAAAUCACAUGAAAUAGAAGUCAGUGAUUUAGUUCGUAAUGGUCACGAAAAAGCAGACCCUAGUCAUUUUGAACUACUUAAAGUUCUUGGUCAAGGUUCAUUUGGAAAAGUUUUCCUUGUGAGGAAAGUUGUUGGUAAAGAUAAAGGUACUUUAUAUGCCAUGAAAGUCUUGAAAAAAGCAACACUCAAAGUACGAGAUCGAGUUAGAACCAAAACAGAAAGGAAUAUUCUCGUGGAUGUUGAACAUCCAUUCAUUGUGAGAUUACAUUAUGCUUUUCAAACUGAAGGCAAAUUAUAUUUAAUUCUUGAUUUUUUGAGAGGCGGGGAUCUCUUUUCAAGAUUGUCUAAAGAGGUGAUGUUUACCGAAGAAGAUGUCAAGUUUUACUUAGCUGAAUUAGCGUUGGCGUUGGAUCAUAUUCAUAAGCUUGGUAUCAUUUAUCGAGAUCUAAAACCUGAAAAUAUACUGUUGGAUGCUGAUGGCCAUAUGUCUCUCACUGAUUUUGGUUUGAGUAAGCAACCUGUGGAUGAUAGCAAAGCAUAUUCUUUUUGUGGUACAGUAGAGUAUAUGGCACCAGAGGUAGUGAAUCGUCAAGGUCAUUCGUUUGCAGCUGAUUGGUGGAGUUUUGGAGUUUUAAUGUUUGAAAUGCUAACUGGUGCACUGCCGUUUCAAGGAGCAAAUAGAAAAGAAACCAUGACACAAAUAUUAAAAGCUAAACUGGGAAUGCCAUACAAUAUUUCGCCUGAAGCGCAAUCACUUUUGCGUGUAUUGUUUAAAAGAAAUCCAGCUAAUCGAAUAGGAAAUAAUGGAAUUGAAGAAAUAAAAAAUCAUGAAUUCUUUAAAUCUAUUGACUGGGAUGCACUUUAUAGAAAAGAAAUAGUACCGCCAUUCAAACCAGCUGUAAGUCAUGAUGAUGAUGCAUUUUAUUUUGACAGUGAGUUUACGUGUAAAACUCCAAAAGAUUCACCGGGUGCUCCACCAAGUGCAAAUACACAUGAACUUUUUCGAGGAUUUAGUUUUGUUGCACCUGGUUUACUUGAUGAGUCUAAGCCUAUUUUAGAGAAUAAAAAUAAUAUUAGUGUAUACAGUUCAUUUCCAACAUACAUAAAUUUAAAUUCUAUCAAAGAUGAGUAUGAAUUAAAAGAUGAAAUAGGAAAUGGAAGUUACAGCAUUGUUUAUCGAGCAACUCAUAAAGCAACAAAGAAUGAAUAUGCUGUUAAAAUCAUUGAAAAAAGUAAACGCGAUCCAACAGAAGAAAUAGAAAUUUUACUUCGAUAUGGAUGGCAUCCGCAUAUUGUCAGUCUACGUGCUGUAUAUGAAGAUGAAAAACGAGUUUACUUAGUAUUGGAGUUAUUAAAGGGAGGUGAACUAUUCGAUCGCUUAAUAACAAGAAAUAACUUCACCGAAAGAGAAGCUGCUGAAGUUAUAUAUACAAUCACGAAUGUUGUUCAUUAUUUACACGAAAAUGGUGUGGUUCAUCGAGAUUUAAAACCAUCGAAUAUUAUUUAUGCUAAACCUGGAGGUGAUCCAAGUACAUUAUGUAUUUGUGAUUUUGGAUUUGCAAAACAACUCCGUGCUGAAAAUGGACUGUUAAUGACUCCAUGCUAUACUGCUAAUUUUGUUGCACCUGAAGUAUUAAAGCGGCAAGGAUAUGAUGCUGCUUGUGAUAUAUGGUCUCUAGGAGUUUUACUGUACAUAAUGCUAUCUGGGUAUACCCCUUUCCCUAACAUUCCAGGAGACAAUGCGAAUGAUAUCUUGAACAGAAUCGGACCGGGAUACAUCAAUGUUGAUGAUGGUAUUUGGAAUGAAAUUUCUAAUGAAGCUAAAGAACUUGUUAGAAAAAUGCUACACAUUGAUCCUCGUCGUCGACUCACUACUGCAGCAAUUCUAAAAUAUCCAUGGAUUGUUAAUAGACAAAAUCUUCCGCAAAAAUGUAUUCCAAAUGCUGUGAAGGAUCCUAAAAGUUUAAAGACUGCAGUAACUGCAACAUAUAAGGCCAUGUCAAAUAAUACAAGAUUACCUCAUGUUGGUCCAGUAGUUAUGUCCGAGUUAGCUCGAAGAAGAACUCAAGCAAAGCCAGAUAAUUUAACUAGAGUUUAAUAUAUAUAUAUAUAUAUAUAAAUACAUUACAAAUUAGAGUGAGUUUUUCUUACAUUACAAAUUGAAUCUUUAUUUAUGUAAACGUAGUUAGUUAAAGAAAGCUCAAAGGUCUAAUUAUGUUCUAGAAAAUACAGUGCAGAUUUAUAGUCCAAUGUACUAAAUAUUAAUUUUUUGAAUUGUUAUAUUUGGAAUAAUUAUUUAUAGUAAUUCAAGUUAUUAACAAUCGUAAUAUUGGCCUAUAAUUUGAUUGAACGACAAAUAAGAUUAAGAUGAUUGAAUCAUAAAAUCUAAAUUAUGAAUAUUAUUAAUGGCAUCAAAAUUUAAA